AUCUCUCUCCACUUUCAUCCCUCUCCUCCCCCAUCAUCCCCAUCAUCUCCAUCAUCCAGUGCUUCUUCAUUAAAACGUAGAAGCGCUCUUUAUCAGCUUUCAAGCGUCUGCUAGAGCUCCGGAAGCUCAGCACAGCGCCGCCAUCAUGAAGGUAGCCACUUCGGCGCUCCUCAUCGGAGCCGCCGCUGCUCAGCAGCAGCAAAUCCUCAAGUUCCCCGACUCGUUCAGCGAGCUCAAGGAGUCUUCAUGGACCAAGCCUCUCCAGAACCUUGAGGAGAGCCUCAAGUCCCUCACGGGCGAGGCUCGUGCCACCUGGGACGAGAUCGCCAUGAUGUUCCCCGAGAGCUUCGAAAAGGCGGCCUUUUUCAGCGAGCCCAAGCCGCACACGCGCAAGCAGGACAGCGAGUGGGACCACAUCAUCAAGGGCGCCGACAUCCAGAGCGUCUGGGUCGAGAACGAAAAGGGCGAGAAGGAGCGCGAGAUCGACGGCAAGCUCGAGCAGUAUAGCUUGAGGGCCAAGAAGGUAGACCCCAGCGUACUCGGUGUCGACAAGGUCAAGCAGUACUCCGGCUACCUCGAUGACGAGGAGGAGGACAAGCACUUGUUCUACUGGUUCUUCGAGUCGCGCAAUGACCCCAAGAACGACCCCGUAGUGCUUUGGCUCAAUGGCGGACCCGGCUGCUCAUCGCUCACUGGUCUCUUCAUGGAGCUCGGACCUGCCUCCAUCACAAAGGACCAGAAGAUCAAGCACAACCCCUACUCGUGGAACAGCAACGCUUCCGUCAUCUUCCUUGACCAGCCCGUCAAUGUCGGAUACUCAUACUCGAGCGGCUCAGUGAGCAACACUGUUGCUGCCGGCAAGGACAUCUAUGCCCUGCUCACCCUCUUCUUCAAACAAUUCCCAGAGUACUCCCACCAGAGCUUCCACAUCUCUGGCGAGUCGUACGCCGGUCACUACAUUCCCGUCUUUGCCUCUGAGAUUCUGUCCCACAAGAACCGCAACAUCAACCUCCAGUCCGUUCUCAUCGGUAACGGUCUGACAGACGGUCUUACUCAGUACGAGUACUACCGCCCCAUGGCCUGCGGUGAGGGUGGCUGGCCUGCUGUUCUCGAUGAGUCUCAGUGCAAAGCCAUGGACAACGCCUACCCUCGUUGCGCCAGCCUCAUUGAGAACUGCUACAACUCCGAGUCUGUCUGGUCUUGUGUGCCUGCCUCCAUCUACUGCAACAACGCCAUGAUCGGUCCUUACCAGCGCACUGGCCAGAACGUCUACGAUGUCCGCAAGCCCUGCGGUAGCAACUCGCUCUGCUACGAUGAGCUUGACUGGAUACAGGGAUACCUCAACAAGAAGGAGGUCAUGAAGGCUGUCGGUGCUGAGGUCUCCAAUUACGAGUCCUGCAACUUUGACAUCAACCGCAACUUCCUUCUCCAGGGUGACUGGAUGAAGCCCUUCCACCGCGUCGUCCCCGGAAUCCUCGAGAAGAUCCCCGUACUCAUCUACGCUGGUGAUGCCGACUACAUCUGCAACUGGCUCGGUAACAAGGCUUGGACUGAGGCUCUUGAGUGGCCCGGUGCCAAGGCCUACAACCAGGCCAAGAUGGAGGACUUUAAGAUCGAUGGCGAUGGCAAGACUGUUGGUCAGGUCAAGUCCAGCGGCAACUUCACCUUCAUGAGGCUCCAUGCUGGUGGCCACAUGGUCCCAUACGACCAGCCUGAGGCGUCGCUCGAGAUGCUCAACAGGUGGUUGGGAGGUGGCUUCUGGAAGGCUUAGAUGCUUUCUGAAGAUGAAUUAAUGGUUUAAGAUUGUCACAUUGGGUGCUUGUCAAGAUUGCGAACGGAUGGAUAAUCAGGUUCGCUUCUAUGUAAUUCAAAUUGAUUAGUGUAUCUAAUACUCGUAGCUAUCAAUGUACAGAACUCA